AUGAUGGGAACAUUAGACUUGGAGUGUGCAGAGGAGGGCAAACUGCCCCCGCAAACAGAGGAUCGGACAUUUCUCUUUCAUGCGAAGACCGCAUUUCUCAUCACCAAAAGUGAUGUGAAGACCACGAUCCUCCCUGCUACAACAUUCGCACUCACAGCCUCCCUCUCGGGAGUCCUAACCUCAUCAUCGCCUACUGCUUCCACUUCCACUUCCUCAUCCUCACCAACCCUCACCACCCUCCUCCUCAGCCUCCUCAAAUCCAUCAUCUGGACAUGGCUCAACCUCUGGAUCUUCAACCUCUCCAACCAACGCCUCCCCAACUCCAUCCUCGAAGACUCCAUCAACAAACCCUGGCGCGCCAUCCCCUCCGGCCGCCUCUCCGCCUCCCAAGCCCGCCUCCUCCUCCUCCUCUCCAUCCCCCUCGUCCUCCUCUCAACCCUCUACCUAGGCGGCACGAAAGAGAGUCUCUUCCUCAUGGUCCUGACCUGGAUAUACAACGACCUCGGCGCCGCCGAAGAGUGUUUCCUAAUCCGACACAUCAACAACGCCCUUGGCUUCACCACGUUCGGCGCAGGAGCCGCGCAGGUCGCUUGCUACGGCAGUGGCAGCGCGCUCAACACCACGACGUACUGCUGGCUAGCUGUCAUCGCAGUGGCCAUCACCUGCACGAUCCAGUUCCAGGACAUGGAGGACCAAGAAGGCGACCGGAUGCGGUCCCGGCGGACGCUGCCGAUUGUGCUUGGGGAUUCCCAGACGCGGCGGAUUAACGCGCUGACGAUUAUCGUGUUCUCGUUUGUGGCGCCGGCGUUUUGGCGGUUGUCGCUUGCGGGGUACACGGUGCCUGUGGGGUUGGGGUUGGUCAUUGCGGUGAGGACGUUGGUGAGGAGGGAGUUGAAGGCGGAUAGGCAGACGUUCAAGUUGUGGUGUUUGUGGUUGAUGGUGGUGUAUGUGUUGCCGUUUGCGAAGGGAGAGGCGGGUGUAGGUGUGGGUGGUGCUUGGGGUUGGAUGCGGUGA